AUGGCUGCACUGUACGAGGACAUGAGUAGCUCGCGCAUGCUCGGGUCCUCCGUCUCGUCCUUGUCCGGGUCCCGGCAGCACUCACAGCAGAUCGCAAAGGCGUACCGGCAAGCCGCCCAGCUGUUCCUUACGCGCAGACUGCCCGAAGCCCUCUCAACCAUCGAGCCCAUCAUCACUCCGCCUACUCAUGACGACAUCAACGAAUCGUACAAUGGGGAGCCAUCAGGCUAUGCACCAAUAGCUACCGCGUCGCGGGGAACGCGGGUCAAGGUGUGGAGCUUCUACCUCACCUUCCUUAAUUCGGUCGUAGAACUGGGAGCGGAAGAGGGCAAGCAUGCGUUUGGGAGCACGAGGUGGAAGCAAUUGGUGUCCAAAUGUCGGGAUGGCAGCGUUUGGGACGAGCUCGUCCACGACGGGUAUGCCGGCGUCGAGGGAGACGUGGACGCGGAGGUGGUAGUUAAUCUAGCAACACUGCUCCUCACUCACUCGCCCUCCCAGCGGCUCAACCAGCAGAAGCUCGAAAUUUAUCUCUCCGCCUCGGCAAAUCCCACCUUCGACAUCUCCUCGCACAUGUCCUCGUCCGCAUACCUACAGCGCCGACCCAGUCAACACAACAACGGAACAAGCACACCGCGCGAUCUCAACACCCGCCUAAAGCUCCUCGAGCUCUACACCCUCCAUGUCCUUCCCCGGAACGAGGAGUGGGACUACGCACGCGAGUUCAUAUCUAUGUCUGAGGUCCUCGACGACGAGAGGAAGGAAGCAUUCCUGCUCGCCCUUCAUUCCCUGAGAGAAGAGAAGGAAGACACAGAGAGAAGGGACGAAAGGCUGCGCCAGCAGCAGCAGGAGCAGAUGGAGCAACGCCGCAAAGAAACUGAAGCUCGCCGUUUGGAACAGUCCCGAGCUGAAGAUGAAAGAAGAAAACGAGAGGAAGAGAACAGGCGUCAGCCCAGAGGCUCAGACGAAGUGUUCCGGAAGUCCGGCGGUCAUCGACCUGCGCCCUCGACAUCGUCCCGUGCAUCAAGGCCCGCAAAGAAAGCUGCCAGCCCUCCUCCGGGCCUGUACCGUCGCGCUUCCUCACUGUUUGCAUCGGUACAAGCGCUGAUCACGAAUACGGCGCACUCGAUGACUGCCAAUCCCAUGACUUUGUUUCGAACACUCCUCUUUCUACUGGCCUUUGCCUUGGCGUUUGGACGACGGGAUUUACGAGAAAAAAUAAUGCGACUUCUAAGGAAUGCCUGGGAGAAAGUUCGUCGUACUGUCGGUAUGGGAGUCAAGGUCUCUUACAUUUGA